AUGAAGGCUGGAGCAGCCGCCCUGGCAGCUGGGAUCCUCGGGGGCACCGGGGUGUUGCUCUUCCUCAUCGCCUUUGGGACGGAUUAUUGGCUUCUGGCCACAGACACCUGCGGGGUCUUCGAGCAUGGGAACAGCACUCUGAGCACCGGGGGGGCUGAAACUCCAACAGAUGUUGGGAAGGAGAUCCUCACUUUCCACCAUGAGGGCUUCUUCUGGCGGUGCUGGUUCUUUGGCGAGGGCCACUCUGAGACCAUCUGGACCUUCUGGUACACCAGCCAAGCACACCCCAAGUUCUGCAUGCAUGGCUACCUCUUCCCCAUGCCCAUUGCUGUGGGACCUUUCCCCCAUCCCUCCUAUGACACAACCGCAGUGUACAGAGGUUUUUGGACGGCGUUCAUCCUGCUGGCCGUGGCCGCCGGGCUCGUGGGGGGACUCCUGCUGGUGUGUGGGGUCCCCUUCUCCAGCCCCCACUCCUACAAAGUUGGGGGAGGAUUCCUGCUGCUCUCAGGGGGUUUGUUUCUCCUGCUCGUGUUUCUCUUUGUGAUGUGGAAGGAGUUUGCAGCUGACUUUCAGAAGUACAUCCUGCUGGAGAGGAGUGAGAGGUGCCUGGAGGAUGUCCCUGUGCACGUCUACUAUGGCUGGUCCUUCAUGUUCGCCGCUGCCGGCGUGCCCCUGGUGUUACUCUCUGGACUGCUCUUCUUCCUGGUGGGCAGAGACAUUAUGGAUUCCCUGCAGUAA